GGUGGGGCGGGAAAAGCGGUGUCAAAAGGAGUUGCGGAGCGGCGAGGAUGGGGGGAGGAAGGGAGUAACAGCAGCGAGAGGGAGUGGGAGGAAGAAAGAGCGAGAGGAUAGGAGGCAGAGCAGCGCAGUGCGGGGGGGAGAGAGAGAGCGGCGUACGAACGAAACCUCCACCGCUGCCGAGCCAGAGAGACGACGGCAGCCGGAGAGAGAAGACCGACACCGGAGAGGGCCUGGGCUGCUCAGAGGCCGGCCGGAGAGGGGGUGAGGGGCUCUGGAGCUCCACAACUGAGGAGGGAGGAGAGGCUCACAACGAGGAGGGGGAAGGCAGGGAGAUAAUCAGGAUCCAGCAGGGGGAAAAGAGGAGUGGGUGGGUGGCUGAGAAAAGUUUUGGAGGCAGAGUGGGAGCAGGAGAAGAUCAGAGCGCCGGCGUUCAUGGCAAAGACAGGAAGAGGUUCAUGGAAGAAGAGGGGGAAGUCCUCCUGUUCUCCUUCGUUCUGUGAUUCUGCCGGACACCAUCCAUCACCAUGUUCUCUGACAGCGGGGCUCCGGUAUCCGGGGAGCAGAAAGCCUUCAAGCCCCACGCCCCUCACUUCAUCCCCUGGCUCCGCGGCAGUCUGAAGCCCCACCACAGCAGCGACCUGGGGCUCAACGGGCCCUACAAGUCCGGCUCAGAGGCCCGGAACAGCCUGACCCCGCUGGAGAGGGCCAAAGGCAUCGGGUUCUUCUCCAUCCCGGGGAAGGAGCGGGCGAAGAAGGCCGAGCUCCGGUGCAAUGGCGUGGGGAUGGCGAGGAUGCUGCCUGUGGUGCUGAGGGGCCACCACCUCCUGAAGCACAGGGAGGAGAGUCCAGCCAGGCGGAAGCAGACCAAAGAGCCCAGCGCAGAGAUCAGCUCAGGGGACGGACCUCAGGGCGACGCCUCCUCCACCCCUCAGGAGAACCACACCUUGGUGAGGAACCACCUGAGCCUGAGACGCCCGCAGAACGACGGGACUUCAGGUAGGAAGUAUGGGCCCCUGGUGGGACCUCCGCCGGUUCCUCUGCCUGCACUGCUCUCCGAGGAGACGAACUGUAAGCUGCCUGCUGUGAUGGAGGACCGGAGGGGGAAGGCUUGGGAUGGAAACACCUCCUACCACCACCACAGAGAGCUCCGGUCCUCCAGCUGGCUGAGCUCAGACUCUCAGGGACUGAUGGAGAAGCAGCAGAGCUUCAGCUACAUCAACAAACACAGCAGGAGCUCCCAGAGCCAGAGGGACCUGAGGGAACCACCUGUGGAGGGCUUCACCAGGCCCCUCAACGGACUCAUCUUCUCCACAGAGGUUCCCCACAGAGGCCUGGGCUGCACCACCACACUACGAGGCCCCCGGAGGCCCAACUCAGAGUGGAUCGCCAUCCUGGGCCAGAACCAGACGGGGGUGCAGCCCAGACCCAACAAGGAUGGGGAGUCGGUGAAGAAGGAGGCGGGAUGCAGCCGGAAGGUGGUUCGGAACCAGAUUAAACGAGUGAUGGACAACCUGGAGCAGGUUCUCAAAGCCCUGAGGGACGUUCACCAGGAGAUGAAGGAGGUGGUGCAGCAGAUCGACUAUCUGACGUCGUCCAUCGAUCUGAAUGAGGAGGAGCAGCAGGAGGCCGGAGGAGAUGGAGCCAAGCCUCCCAGCGACAGCAGCUACAGUUCAGGUUCUAGCUCCAGCGAGGUGACGGUGGGCAGCUCCAUCCAGAGGCCCUCCGUGCUGGAAAACCUGCCAGGAACCAUGGAGUCUUCUGGCUUCCUCCGGAGGAACCAUCCCUGCAGGAGCCAGUCUCCAGUCUUGGCAGCUUUAUCGGAGAGGAGUCGGACUCUGCGGUUCACCUGCAGCGUGGGAUCUCCUCCCAGACAGGGUGGGCUGCUGCAGUGCUCCAACAACCUCCCAUCCCGUGAUCUGUCUCCACAAAGAAGCCUCCCGGUUCGGCCUCCCACUCCCGGCCUCUCGCCUCUCACGGUAAACCUCCAUCCUCCCGGCAGCCCCGGUUCUCUGCCUCCCUCCCCCUCCUCCUCCUCCGUCAGGGUCUCCCCCCUGUCUCCGAAGCCUCACCCACCUCCAGCCCUCAGCCCUUCUGUCAUCAUAGAGACCCCACAAAGCCCUUCUGCUGCCGGCCGCCCACCCACCGACUCCAUCAAAGAGCGGCAAGCAGCAGGACCGCCACACCUCAGCGCCGCCUCUGCAGCCAAACCACCUGCAGCUCAAGGCCGCAGGGGUCGCAAGCCGCCGCCGUACCCCCACCACAGACUCUCUGAACAAACGAAGAAGGCGAAGGAGCCCCGCGAGGCUCCACCGUACCCUGAGAAGAGAAGGCUGCUCUCGACCACAGUGUGAGCAGGAGGGGCGGAGGCCGAUGGAACAUAUUCACAGCACCAGCCGCCAGUCUGCAGGAGGGGAGGGCGAAUCGAGACUCGUCGAGCUGAGCCGAAACCAAGUUUCCAAGGUGACGGGACGCAGAUGCAACUUGAGUUCAAAGGUCCCUCUCUAUCUCCCCACACAUCCACCAACCACUGGAACACAUCUCCAAAGUUCUGCUGAAGCUCAGCUUCCCCUCAGAAGAAGUGCUGCCAGAUAAUGGAGCCUUUUGAGAGGCAGCUGGCAUCAUGAUUGGACGGUACGUUGGUCUGAUCCAAUCCAGCUUCAGCUCCAGAGACGGCAGGCGGGACGAGUCAACGGAGGUCGAGUGGACGAAGGCAUGAAGCUGAGAAUAAUCCAGAAAACACCAGAGGAGGAGUGAGGAUCUGGAUGUGAUUAUUUCCACACUCGGCUGAUGACAAUGGGACAAAAGGAAGCAUUUCCUCGACGCCAGAGGAUCCAGAUGGAUGUGAGCGACCAAAAGGUGGUGCGGUUUUGGUCAGACAUCGGCUCAACUUGUUCCCCUCUGUGGAGAAUCUGCAGCUAUUCACGAACAAGAAAAGUCCUUGAGCGCGUUUCCUGUCAGGGCACGCAGCCAGAGCAGGAGGAGGAAGCAUGUGCUGCCGCUAAUGACACGCCGUCAGGGCCGUCCUUGCUGGGGGAAGGAGGCGUGUCAAGGUGUGCUUCACUUCACAGACGACCACAUCAGACAAAAGCCACCGAGCUCCGACCGAGUCCGGGCAUUAACCUUCCGCCCAAAAAACGUCACGAGCAAAAGACAGGAAAAAAUAAAAGAAAGUUUUCCAUGCUA